GCAAGGGGAAGAUUAGUGGGGGGGGGUCUUCUAUCCUGCCUUAACCUUCUGCUCCCCCCCACCCCGCCGUCACCCUGCUCACAUCCCUUCCUACAGCCCAGAGACCAUCUCUGUUACAGCCUCCUGCUGAGGCCCCCUCCCAGGGUGUAGCCUUGGCCUUGCUCAUGGCCAGCUCACAGGGGAGGGAAUACUGCCCACCACCCUGCCUGUCCCCAGGGCUGGGCCCAGGCCCCAGGAACCACCAGCCAUGGGGACGCAGCCCCAGCAGAUGCCUCCUGGCCCCUUCCUUGGGAGAGCCAGCCCGAUCACACAGCACUAGGCCUCCUCCAUUCCCAAACCAGGCGGCCCCUGGCUCCGCCCAGAUGCUAUUUGUCAAUGUCCUUGCAAACAUGGGGCGCCCAGAAGCCAAGGAGGAGGCCUGGGCAGGGCCAGUGAGGCCCGGUGCCCAGAAACCAAGGGAGAUUGCUUCUCCAGGACCACCUGGGCCUGGAGGUCUGGGGCAUAUCCGAUUUAGCACAGCUCAGCGGAAACUGCUCCCAUCUCAGGGCCGGUCUACCUCUGCCCAUGUGCCUCAGCUUUCCUGAUCCUCUUGGCCGGCACUCUCACCACUGGCUGGCCAAUGACGGACGCGCCUGUGGUUGGGUUGCCGGCGGCACAGCACCCCUCACGAGUCUGGAGGCAGCCCCUUCUUCCUGCCCACAGCGGCCGCGGCCGCCGGCAGCCAGCCAGGCACAAGCAUCUCACUUGGCGCUCGCCAGUGGGUCUCCUGCCCCCAUCCCGUGCGGUGCUGCGGCCUGCCCGGGCCUGUGCACACGGGCAGCCCAGCUUCGAGCCGGGCCAGCAGGGAGGACAAAGACCCUGAAGACACCUGCCCAAGUGGCCUCAGACUCACUCAGGACAGAUUCACUCAGGACAAUGGUUAGAAGGCACAUGGAAGGUUCUAGGGCCAGGGAUCCCCCUGUCCCACCCCCAGACUUAGAUGACCACAGGCCCCUCGCCCAUGCAGGGAGGGAGAAGCAGCGACCAGCCUGACUGCCCUGUCUGCUCCUCUCCUCCAGCACCGGGAUGCUCACCUUGGGUGCCACAGGGGCCCUGGGGGAAGGCGGCCCAGGCCCCGGAAGACCCCUGGGCCCCCCACCGCCCCUGCCGCCCAAGCCGGGAAAAGACAACCUGCGGCUGCAGAAGCUCCUGAGGAAAGCUGCCCGGAAGAAGAUAGCGGGGGCCGCGCCUGCCCCCCCAGGGGCCUUCCGGGCCUCCUUGUCCCCCGUGAGUGAGGCCAGCCACGAGGUGGAGACGGCCACCGCACAGGCCCCGGAGGCUCCAUGUCCCGUGGGGGCCCCUGGCGCGGUGGCCCCGCAGCCCCGCCCCCCGCACACGCCCAUCAUCCAGCAGGUCUCCUCACCCCCCCAGAGGUCCUCCUUCGCCGUCAGCCGGACCCAGCAGAGGGCUCUGUCUGCUCACCUCAAGGCCCCGCCGAGGCCCGGAGCCCCCAGUCCUGCCCCAGAGGCAAGCGCCACCCACAUCACCCAGGUGCACAUCCAGCUGGCCGCAUCCCCGCACGCGGGGACCCCUGAGUCCCCCAGAAGGGCUCUGCACGGGGGGUCCCGUGGCCAGGAUGGCCACACAGCCCCACGUGCUCUGGGCACCCAGCCUCUCAUCCCAGUCGCUCACAUCCGCCCGCUGCCAGCCGGGGCACAGGGGGGCAGCCCCGGGCCAGGGGGGCCCCCGGCGGCUAGGCUGCCGCCCAGCUUCCAGGCCUCAGUGCCCAGAGAGGCCGGUGCCAGGGUGAUUGUGCCCAUCGCCCCCACCUACCGUUCCCCAGGACCUCCACCUCUCAGCCCAGCCGCCGGGAGCCCCAAAACUGAGAGUCUGGAGGAGCUGACCUCACAGGCGGAGCAAGUGUCCAGUCCUCCGGCCUCGCUCCUGGCCCCGCCCUCCGGCCCCCACCCAUGCCCGGUCCCCAAAGUGGCACCCAAGCCCCGGCUCAGCGGCUGGACACGUCUCAAGAGGCAGUUGAUGGAGGAGGCCGAGCAGCCUCCAUUCCCAGAGCCUGAGCAGAGCCUGGAGCCCUCCCAGCCAGAGCCCAGGGCCCCGGCCGGGCCUCGGCCGCCCGCCUCCCGGGCUUCCAGGAUGUGGGACGCAGUGCUGUACCAAAUGUCAGUGGCCGAAUCGCGAAGCUGCACGGCGGGGCCCGGGGCCGGGGACCGGCCCAUGGCCAGCCUCAGCCGCCUGCCCUUCCUGUACCGGCCUCGCUUCAACGCCCGGAAGCUGCAGGAGGCUGCGCGGCCCCCUCCCACACUCCACCACGUCCUAGAGCUGAGCCCCCAACCCAAGAACUUCAACCGGACUGCGGCCGGCUGGCGGCUGCAGUGAAGGGACCAGGGUGCUCCCCUGGGGCCACGGGUUGUGGGUGGGAAGAAGAGGGGUGUGGCCAUCACCAGAGGGCGGUGGGCAUCAUGGGAGCAGGUGGGCAUCAUGGGAGCAGGUGGACAUCAUGGGAGCAUGUGGGCAUCAUGGGAGCAGGUGGGCAUGGGAUCGGGGCAGCAGGUGCUGGGUACAGCCUGCCGGUUGGGGGCAGGUCAGGUAGUGGGACCCAAAAGGACCAGUCAGAAAGGCGGACGGGGCAGGGGAUGGAGGGGCUGCAUGAGGGCCAGUGAGGAAGGGCAGGGACAGUCCUUGUUGAGGAGCACGGGAGCUUGGGGAGGGCAGAAGGACGUGAGUGUGUCAGAUGGGGGGAGAGGCGAUACACCCACCCAACCAGCCAGGUCAGCCAGGCUUCGAGUGGCCAGCCUGGCCCUCUCCCUUCGCUGUCAAAGGCUAAGGGAUGGAUUCAUCCUGCUAAAGUAAGCUGGGGGGUGGCUGGGUCUGAGGAGUGAUGGGAGCCAGACCCGUGGGUCAGGGUGCAGGGAGAAGGGGACUCGGGAGCUAGCUAGCAUAGGGAGCGCCCAGGGCGGGGUAGGAGACCGGGCAGAGGAGAGGGCUGGCGCGGCCUGGUCGGCUGCCUCCUCUCCCCCCUUCCUGGGCUACGGCAACAGGACUCUCGGAGGGGACAGAGAAAUGGGGGAGGGGAGGUCGGGGCCAGCUACCAGAAGAGCAAGCCAAGGUGGGUUGAGGGGCAGCCGGCAGCUGGGCAAGGCCUUGAAGGGGCCCUGCCGUCCACUCGGUUCUUAGGAGAGGGCCUCAGAGGGGCCAGCAGCGGAACACAACAGGGUCACCGCGGGGAGGAAACAGGGGCAGGCCCACUGCCCCGCCCGAGACAGGAUAGCUGUCGAGAGGGAGCCUGGAGGGCAGGCCACUAAUAAAUACACAUCUAACCAUGGAGGGGGUAACAAUGCUCAAUAGGAAGUGUACUCAUUACCUUGCUCAUGUAACUGUAACCCUCUGUAUAGUAUCUUUACAAUAAAAAAUUAAAAAAAAUACACAUCUAACCAUACGGCAUCAUCCUCUCUGUCUUCACCAGCAGUAGAACUUUCCGGUAGCCUCAGUGAGGACGGAGGGUCAGGCCUAGGCUCUGGCCUGUGACAGACCCUCGGCCUGCACUCCGCAGGGAGGCCUCCACCGCUUCCAGGGUCAGCCCGCAGUGGCCUCUCCUCCCCAGCAGGCCCCGCUAGGCAUGCUGGGAGUCCCCCAGGGCGUGGCGGAUGAGUGGCCUGGCCCUGGGAGAAGGGGCAGGACUCUGGGCUGGUUGGAGACCAGGGGCUCCGGUGUGCCCCGGCCCAGGAAGGCCCCUCUGGUGUGGGCCGUGGCCUUCAGCCCCCAGGGCCCCGCCUCGCACAGGCCCCAGGACACAUUCGCAGAAGGCAACUGUGAACGAUGGAGCGAUGUGAACGUGGGGACGAUGUGCCGUGCU